AUGGCGGCUCCCAAGAUCACUCUCUAUACCAACCACCGAUGCCCCUGGGCCCACCGCGCGCACAUCGCGCUCAAGGAACUGGGACUGGACUUCGAGGAGGUCAUCAUCGACCUGACCAAGCCCCGCGAGCCCUGGUAUCUCGAGGUGAACCCGCGCGGCCUCAUCCCUUCUCUCUCCUAUAAUGGCACCAUCAUCACCGAAUCUGCAAUCGUGUCGCAGUUCCUGGCCGACGCUCAUCCGUCGCACCUCGUGGCCCCCUCGAACAGCAUCGAAGGUGCUCUGCAACGCGCCCGGAUCGCCUUCUUCGUGGACACCUUCUUCAGCAAAGUGCAGCCCCACUUCAACACUAGCCUCCGCGCUGCGAACGCGGAGGAGCGAGACGCGGCCGGCGAAGCGUUCGUGGCCGCCAUAGAGAAGGACCUGGAGCCACUCUUCGCCGAAUGGACGGGCACCGGUCCCUUCUUCGGUGGCAGCGAAAGGCCGACGCUGGCAGAGGUGCUGACAGGUUCGUUCCUGCUGCGACAUUUGUCCUACUCGGACCCGGAGAUCGGACUGCUGAGCGCGAAGCUCCCCGAGCUGCUGGACCGAACGCCCAAAUUCAAGAAAUGGGCCCAGGCCACGGUGCAGCAGGAGAGCGUCAACCACAUUUUCGACGCCAAAGUGACGGCGAACGCGUUGAAGGCCAAGCUGGGGCUCACCACGAAAUAA